AUGGUUGUUAUGGAGCGCACGGGUUGGGUGCAGAUGUUGCACUGCAUUUCGCAGCACCAGGGCAGCGGCGGUGAGAACACGCUGACCGAUAGCUUCUACGUGGCCCAGCUGAUACGUCAGCAGCGGCCCGACCUCUUCAAGCUACUCUCCGUGAUGCCCUUCGAAUUCUUCGACGUCGGCGUCGAGAGCGAGCAGACGGACAGGGAAGGCAAAGUGACACAAGUGUGCUUCAACAACCCAAGCCGCUCCUACCGCCUGAACGUGCCGCUCGAGUCGGUGAAGCCCAUGUUCGAGGGACUGAAAAUGUUUCAAGACCUGUCCUGGCAGAAGAGAAUCAUGUGCUACAAAAUGGUGAACGGCGACGUGCUGGUCUUCAACAACCGACGCGUGCUGCACGGCCGGCGGGGCUACACGGUCACCGCCGACAGCACGCGCACGCUCGAGGGCGGCUACAUCGACUGGGACGAGGAGAAGGCCGUCACAAUUGAGUGGGGCGCGUCACACGCAUAG